AACGUUUACAAAGAAAUUCUUUUGUUGCUAAAGUUGUACGUGCAAAAAAAGUAAAUUGCAUAUGUGGAGAUAUAAUAAAACUUAAUAGGAAAUAUGAUGAAGAUUAUAUUAAUCAGUAUGCAAAUGGUCCAGGAUAUAAACAGAAAAAACAAAAAAGUAUUUUGUGUUUUUUUAACUCAACAGAUAAGGUAGUUGAAGAAGAAAGCGAAGUAGAAGAUGUAAUGGAUGAUGAUGAUAUUAUUACAGUAAAUGAAAAUAAGGAUGAAAUUAAUAGAGAAGAAAAUGCUAACAUAGAGAUUAUUAAUCUAGUAACUAACCAAACUG